GGCCCGGGGCGCGGCCCGCGAUUGGCUGGGGCGGGCAGAGCGUCUUCUCCGGCCUGGGCGGCGCAGACGAGGCCUGAGGCGGCGGCGCGAGGCAGUAUGGUUUGAAGUGGUGAACAUGGAUUUUUCUCGGCUUCACAUGUACAGUCCUCCCCAGUGUGUGCCGGAGAACACGGGCUACACGUAUGCGCUCAGUUCCAGUUAUUCUUCAGAUGCCCUGGAUUUUGAGACCGAGCACAAAUUGGACCCCGUAUUUGAUUCUCCACGGAUGUCCCGCCGUAGUUUGCGCCUGGCCACGACAGCAUGUACCCUGGGGGAUGGUGAGGCUGUGGGUGCCGACGGCGGUGCCAGCAGUGCUGUCUCCCUCAAGAACCGAGCGGCCAGAACAGCGAAACAGCGCAGAAGCACAAACAAAUCAGCUUUUAGUAUCAACCACGUGUCAAGGCAGGUCACGUCCUUUGGCGUCAGCCACAGCGGCACUGACAGCCUGCAGGAUGCUGUGACUCGACAGCCUCCUGUACUGGAUGAGUCUUGGAUUCGUGAACAGACCACAGUGGACCACUUCUGGGGUCUUGACGAUGAUGGUGAUCUUAAAGGUGGAAAUAAAGCUGCCAUUCAGGGAAACGGGGACUUGGGAGCCGCCGCUGCCACCGCGCACAACGGCUUCUCCUGCAGCAACUGCAGCAUGCUCUCCGAGCGCAAGGACGUGCUCACGGCGCACCCCGCGGCCCCCGGGCCCGUGUCGAGAGUUUAUUCUAGGGACAGGAAUCAAAAACGCGGUGCGUCUUUCUACGUGAAUAGGAUUUUGUGGCUGGCCAGAUACACUGCGUCAUCUUUUUCAUCAUUUUUAGUUCAACUUUUUCAAGUGGUUUUAAUGAAGCUCAAUUAUGAAUCAGAAAAUUACAAAUUGAAAAUUUAUGAAUCAAAAGAUUGUGAAUCCGAAAGCUUUAAAUCAAAAAGCCAUGAAUCAAAAGCUCAUGCCAGUUACUGUGGGAGAAUGAAUGUGAGAGAGGUUCUCAGAGAGGAUGGCCACCUCAGUGUAAAUGGGGAAGUGCUGUGCGACGACUGUAAGGGCAAGAGGCACCUCGACGCGUACACAGCUGUCCACUUGCAGUCGCCACGGCCGCCCAGGCGGGCAGGGACCCUCCGGCACAUCUGGGCGUGUGCAGGUUACUUCUUGCUGCAGACUCUGCGCAGGAUCGGAGCUGCGGGCCGGGCUGUGUCUAGGAUGGCGUGGUCGGCCCUGUGGUUGGCCGUGGUUGCUCCAGGGAAGGCAGCCUCCGGAGUGUUCUGGUGGCUAGGGAUUGGAUGGUACCAGUUUGUUACUUUGAUUUCUUGGCUGAAUGUGUUUCUUCUUACCAGGUGCCUUCGAAACAUCUGCAAGCUUUUAGUCUUGCUCGUCCCACUCCUCCUUUUACUUGCAGGUCUCUCCUUACGGGGCCAGGGCGAUUUCUUUUCGUUCCUGCCUGUGUUGAACUGGGCAAGCACGCAUAGAACACAGCGGGUGGAUGACCCCCAGGAUGUAUUUAAACCCGCGACUUCUCGCCUGAACCAGCCUCUGCAGGGUGACAACGAGGCUUUUCCAUGGCAUUGGAUGAGUGGCAUGGAGCAGCAGGUGACCUCCCUGUCUGGACAGUGCCACCACCAUGGCGAGAAUCUCCGAGAGCUGACCACUUUGCUUCAGAAGCUGCAGGCUCGGGUGGACCAGAUGGACAAUGGCGCUGCCGGGCCAUCAACAUCGGUCAGAGAUGCUGUGGGACAGCCCCUGAAGGAGACUGACUUUAUGGCUUUUCACCAAGAACAUGAAGUGCGCAUCUCACACUUGGAAGAUAUUCUGGGAAAACUGAGAGAAAAAUCUGAGGCCAUCCAGAAGGAACUAGAACAGACCAAGCAAAAAACAGUCAGUGCGGUUGGUGAGCAGCUCCUGCCCACGGUUGAGCACCUCCAGCUGGAGCUGGAUCAGCUAAAGUCAGAGCUGUCCAGCUGGCGACACAUGAAGACUGGCUGUGAGACAGUGGAUGCUCUACAAGAAAGAGUGGAUGUGCAAGUCAGAGAAACAGUGAAACUCCUGUUUUCCGAAGAUCAGCAAGGCGGCUCUCUGGAACAGCUGCUACAGAGGUUCUCGUCGCAGUGUGUGAGGAGAGGCGACUUGCACACGAUGCUGCGAGACCUGGAGCUGCAGAUCCUGAGGAACGUCACCCACCACAUUUCCGUGACCAAGCGGCUCCCAGCCUCGGAAGUCGUGGUGUCUGCUGUGAGCGAGGCGGGGGCGUCUGGAAUAACAGAGGCGCAAGCACGUGCCAUCGUGAACAACGCCUUGAAGCUGUAUUCCCAAGAUAAGACUGGGAUGGUGGACUUUGCUCUGGAAUCUGGUGGUGGCAGCAUCCUGAGUACUCGCUGUUCUGAAACGUACGAAACCAAAACGGCCCUGAUGAGUCUGUUUGGGAUCCCGCUGUGGUACUUCUCGCAGUCCCCACGCGUGGUCAUCCAGCCUGACAUUUACCCCGGUAACUGCUGGGCAUUUAAAGGCUCCCAGGGGUACCUGGUGGUGAGGCUCUCCAUGAUGAUCCACCCAGCCGCCUUCACUCUGGAGCACAUUCCUAAGACGCUGUCGCCAACAGGCAACAUCAGCAGCGCCCCCAAGGACUUCGCCGUCUAUGGAUUAGAAAAUGAGUAUCAGGAAGAAGGGCAGCUUCUGGGACAGUUCACGUAUGAUCAGGACGGGGAGUCGCUCCAGAUGUUCCAGGCCCUGAAAACACCCGACGACAGAGUUUUCCAAAUAGUGGAACUUCGGAUUUUUUCUAACUGGGGCCAUCCUGAGUACACCUGUCUGUAUCGGUUCAGAGUUCAUGGCGAACCUGUCAAGUGAAGACAGUACUCAUUAUUUUUGUACAUUUUUGUAUAUACUGGGACAGCCUGAAACACUGGAAUCCUUCGUGGACGAGGGCAUAUACACUGAUGGGACAGUGCCACUCCUUCAAUAAACGUGGCUGCUGGCCAGGGACUAGAGCGUGUGACGGGCGCCCUGGCACCACCUGUUGGGUGCUCACUGACUGCAUGUGCAGAGGGGUCAGCAGCAGGGGAAGCGUGUUGAACACGUGUCUCAGACGCUCCUUGUUUUUAAUGGGAAGUUCUUUGUAUUUGCAUUUCCUUGACAACAGGAGCAAAGCAGAGGAAGCUGAGAGUCUGGCAUGUUCUUGACGCUUUGGUCUUGAGCCUUGCACUGGCUCUUCUAAAGGACUUUUGGAGGGCAGAUAAUUUCAUCUGUUAAAUCCAACACACAUUUCUUUCAGGGAAAAACAAUGUCACCAAAUUUUCAGAGUUCUAAACUCCUUUCCUUCAAGCCGGGAUUUUCCUUUAUUCAGCACCAGUACGUACUAAGUCUCCAGAUGGGGAAAUGACUAAAAUGGGUUUUUCUGCUUUGUUUGCUCUACUUCUGAGAAAGGUUUCCAGUCUGGACUCGCUGUACCAAUAUCCGUGGUGGAAUAUGGGAGCGUUUCAUUCUCCUUGUACGCUGAAGUCAGUCUGACUUGAAGGAGGCUGGUUUGGAUCUAAGCAAACACCCAGAUGGGGUUCUUUGGUCUCAGCAAGGCUUUUCCUGUUGGGAUUCACAGUAAACAGAAACCCAGAAAUCUCACCUUGGGUGUUUUCAGGGGUCAUUUUGAGUUUUGCUGAAUAGGGAGCACGAGAUACCCUGAGCCUUCCUCUCUUCACUGGUGGUGAUCAGAGGAGCUGUCUGGUGUGUCAGGGUCGUGAAGCCGUUACAUUUCAGGACGAUCCUCUUUCCUUCAGCAGCACUUCUUACUGGCUCUGGCUGGAAUCUGCCUUUUAUCACAGCUGUCACCAUUCUCACGUGAUUCUCGUGAGACUCUCUGGUUAUAAUUACUAUUUAAUAUUUAGACUGUUUUACUGAGCAGACUUUAUAAUAAUGAGAUAUCUGCAAGGCACUUAAAGUGUUACAGAUGUUUUACCUUAAGAAUUAUUUAAGUUGUGUUGGGUUAAGACAGUUUUCGGUGUACCGUAAAUGUUGUGUUUUCAGAAAAAGACAAAACGAUGGUGCUGACUGGUUUUCUGUAUAUUGCACAACAGUCCUCAAAUCCACGAAACUAUUCAUACAUCAAGCAGCAUUUUUUUCACUCUCCUUAGAAUUGGAACUAUGCAGUUAAAGCGGAUAAAAUGUACAGAUGUUUCAUAUAUUACAGGUUACAUAUAUAAAUCAAAAUUUCCUAUAUAAAACUGAUUUGGGAUUUGGGGUGGAAAUAUUUUGAAUAUUUAUUUUUAAAGAUGCAAGAUAGGACUUUGUGCAAUGUAUUUUUGUAAAUGCUUUUCAAAAUAUCUGUCUUUGGUAGUGCUGCUGCUGCUGCCACCAAAUUGGUAAGAUGCUAUUAAGAGGUUUAAAUAAAGAGUUUUAAUUUUUAAAAGUU